AUCGUGGCACCAAACAUGUUGGGUGGCUUUUGUCUUCCUAUUGGAGGUGCAAAAUGAAUCAAGUCGCCGAUCAGAAUCAUGAGAGAAGAAUAUUGAAGAAGCACAAAAUCCCACCGGGGAAGGGGGGAGGGAGAAUAAAUUAAUACAAAAAGUGAUUAGUAGACAUGCAACUCUUGAAGCCUUGUAUUGUUUCUGCCUGUGGGUUAAGGCAUUAAGUAUGACCCUAAAAAGGUUAGUCAAGUACCGCCCCACCAGUCAAUUUUCUCAAGAUUUUCUCGACCGAACAGCGCUCUCUCAAACAAUCUUUUCGAGCAUACAGAUCUGCAAGACGGCAGUGAUCCUUUGCGUGAGCCACUCCUCCGUGAAAAAACCAGUCCUCUUUACGAAACCAUGUCUGGAGAACCUAAUGCUGCUUGGCCUCUGGCCGACGAGAGCCUCACCCAGAACCUCCUGGACCUUGUGCAGCAGGCUUCUCACUACCGCCAGCUGAAGAAGGGAGCCAACGAAGCAACCAAGACCCUCAAUCGUGGUACCUCUGAAAUCGUCAUCCUUGCUGCAGACACCAACCCUCUCGCUAUCCUUUUGCACAUCCCCCUUCUUUGUGAAGACAAGAAUACUCCAUAUGUAUUCGUGCCCAGCAAGCUUGCUCUGGGCCGGGCGACCGGUGUCUCUCGUCCAGUGAUCGCGGCUAGCAUCACCACCAACGAGGCCAGCGAUCUCAUGGGACAGAUCCGGACCAUCAAGGACAAGGUUGAGAGGCUCAUGAUCUAAGGCAUGGGUUAUUUGAUUGGAUGAAUGAGAUAUGGGAUAUCGCAGCAAUUUUUAUUCCUGGAUUCGGUGGGUUCGCAUUUAAAUGAAAGACACAACAACAGAUGUGGACCAUCCUUUCUCGAUACCUCCCUUAUGCGGGAGAUGCUAUCUUAGAUAAUGAUGGUCUCUCCAUUGAUUAUAUAUUGGGAUCAUUCAUUAAGAUAGACAUGCAUAUCCACUUCGAUCUACAACUGAUCAGAUAUAUUCACAAAUUGAAUAAGGGUCCAGAAGGCAGGGAAAA